CACCGAAGUGACGUCAGCCCGCCGGCGUACUCGCGUGACGUUAUAUCCCGGGCGAGGCGGGCGGGGCCGGUUUGAACGGCGAGCGACUGAGAAAAUGGCCGUCAAUGUGUAUUCCACUUCGGUGACAAGCGAUAACUUGAGUCGACAUGACAUGCUCGCCUGGAUCAAUGAGUCCUUACAGUUGAAUUUGACAAAGAUAGAGCAGCUUUGCUCAGGCGCUGCUUAUUGUCAGUUUAUGGAUAUGCUGUUCCCUGGUUCUGUAACACUGAAGAAAGUAAAAUUCCAGGCAAAGUUGGAACACGAAUACAUCCAAAACUACAAGGUCCUACAAGCAGGUUUUAAACGAAUGGGUGUUGACAAAAUAAUUCCUGUGGACAAAUUAGUGAAAGGAAAAUUCCAGGAUAAUUUUGAAUUUGUUCAGUGGUUCAAAAAAUUCUUUGAUGCAAACUACGAUGGGAAAGACUAUGACCCUGUGGCAGCUCGGCAAGGCCAGGAGACGGCACCAGCCCCUGCUCUUGUCGUACCCCUGCUCAACAAACCCAAAAAGAAUCUUAGUUCUACUGGCACAGCUCCAGCGAGGCCCAUGGUUGCACAGAGAACAACAGUGGCUAAUAAAACUGGACCUGCGAUGGUUAAAAAGGCUCCUGGAGGAAUUGGGGAAGAAGAGUCUGCUGAAUUGAUCCAACAGAUCAAUGUAUUAAAGAUGACUGUGGAAGAUUUGGAGAAGGAAAGAGACUUCUACUUUGGAAAACUGAGGAACAUUGAGCUGAUCUGUCAGGAGAACGAAGGAGAGAGUGACCCUGUUCUUCAAAGGAUUGUUGAGAUUCUUUAUGCCACGGAUGAAGGUUUUGUCAUACCAGAUGAAGGAGCGCCACCAGAGGAGCAAGAGGAGUAUUAGUGGUCCACCGACUGUACCAGCAGAGCAGCAAUAGCAGAAUUCAGAAAUCAGCUUUCCCCAAUCAUGUGGUUAAAAUACUCCAUUUUAUUCUUUUCAUAAGUAAAAAAGUACCUCUUGAAGUGCACUUUGCGUAAGUUUUAAUACUCCCCCCCUCCAAUGGGUUUAAUUUGAGAGCUCUUUUCUCACUUUUGUAGCAGAGCAGUAUUAACAUCUAGUUGGUGUAAUUUGGAAGCAAGGGGUUGAAUAUUUGGAGUCUGCAGAGUUGCUUGGUUGCUGGUAAGGCACUGAUUUGUGGAGAGUUUGCUGUACUGUUUUUCUUUUCUUUUUGUGGGCUGUGGGGAGUAUGUAGUGGAGCAAUUUCAGGAUUGACUUUUUCGCAGGAAGGUUGAGCAAAUAUGAAAUGUGUUCUGCAAUUAAAGAGAUGCCUUAAGGGGGCUUAAAAUGUGCUUCCAGAUGCCAAAUUGAAGUAACGUGAUGAGAGAUUUUGUGUGUUCUAUAUUGGGGUUGGAGCAUCUGGCUUUCUUGUUUUGGAAGGACUUGCUUGGCACCUCAAGUCAGCAAGGGCUCUGUAAGGGGUAAUUAAAACAGCCCAAUAUCUAUUCAGAGCUGCCCUCCUGAUCUCUGACUGUAGUAAGGGGGAAAUACUUUAUUGUAUGUAGCCUGUUGCAAGACUAGAAUGCGUAAGAUUCGGAUGUGCUUGAAGGCCUCUCAGUUUUGCUGUCCUGUGGCCAAUGGCAUGUGGUGUCUUCCAAACCAAAAAGGCUAUCCCUUUUGAAACUCUUCACCUAAUUCACAGCCUGCAUCUAGUCCCCUCCCUCACCCACCACCUGCUUUUGUGUCUCUGGUCCAUUGAAUUUUGUGGGUCCUAUUCCUCUCUGCACCCCCUUCCUCCUCCUCUUCCAAGCCUGCUGACUAAACUGUAUUGAUUUGGGUAGUUUUGUUUUGCAGUGCUGCACUGAGGCCAGUCUUGAUCUCCAGACUGUCUCUCUGUUUGUGUGUGUCCUCCUUGAGUUAGCCUCCCAACGUUUAAGCCUUUGCCAGUGCUCCUGACGACUGGCAAAGAACAUUGAUUGGUGUGCAUUAAAUAGGAAAUCCAAUAUUGCAGAAAAUACAGUGCUCAGAUGAGUCUUGAUUACAGUAUUUCAUGCUUGACCCUGUCCCUCUUAUGUGGAGCAAAUCCUGCCCACCUACCCCCCCUGUCGAUUGCUGCUCUUUGGGGAGGGCCUUUUUGAGAUCUUGCCCACAGCCACAGCUAAGACUGAGCCUCUGGGCUUGGUGUGCUCUUGUUCAUUUGCUUCCAGUGGUUAUGUGUUCUAAAUGUGUGUAGAAAGCAAAGCAUUUUAUGGUAACUGUUGUGUAGUGCAUGAAUCCCUAUGGAAAUUCAGAGGAAGACCCAAAUUCAUCAAAUGCCAAAAAAGCAAGCCAUUAUUUAAAACAUCAGAGGUGCUAUUUCUCUUGUGGCCUUCUAGAUACUUUGUGCCCUAAACCAUAUUCCACCCAGACUCCUCUUGACAGGGUUUUUUCUACUUUUAAACAGUUUCUAAAUAAAGUUCUGUUAUUUCAAGAAUGCAACUGUCUGCUGGAGUGUCAUGUUCUUGUGGGUCUGGUUCUGUUCUGGGCCCCCAAAGAUCCCAGUUUCUUUGCCUGGAAGUUGCCCAGCAUCAGAUUGCUACUAAGGGCACCACACUGCAACCCUGCGGACACAAUUUGUACCAAUGUUGUGAAAGAACGUCUUGAGGAUGAGCUUCGGUGUGUUCCUCCUGAUAUCCCUUGCUAGCAAUAGGGUUGUUCAACAAAAGUUGCUGUCACUCUGUGUGCUUGUUCUGUGGUGGUUUGCUCCCCACAAAACACCGGGUUACCUUACGACUCAUGUAGAUAGUUCUGUCUGUGUGUUGCCAGUGUCUUUGACAAGCAGCCUUAUGUAGAGGCAGUUGCUUGCUGUGAUGUCUUAUCACAUGUUAAACUUUUUGAGUGCCUGCACAGAUGGGCAAUGGAGGAUGCUUGUUCUGCGAGACAACUCUUCAUUUAUAACUGCCCAAGAUACCUUCUCUGGUUCUGAAGACUACUGUAAGAGUAACAGCUCUUUGCAAACGAUACGUAGCAAUCCACUGAAGUUAGCUGGGGUUUUUAAAUGACACACCAAAUCUUUUUGCUGUUUGGCAUCCUGCACGCGUGAAGGAAAAUGUAUUGGCUGCAAGGUAUUGAUGCUCUGAGAGUAGGAGGCUCCACCUAGUUCAUGCCUGUCUCACAAGGACAACAUUAUUCUUUUGGCUGUGUUUGUGCCACAGGGUUGUCUUUGCUGCAGGGCGGGUGGAGGGAGAAAGGCAGGUGGAUCAGUUUACCUGGUGAACUGUGACAAUCACGGCUGCUGCUCUAGAGAGGAUGCCUUUAUGGCAUCGUAUAGUUGAUGUUUGCUGUGUCUUCACCAGAAUAAGAUACCAAAUCUGGCAUGUAGCAGCUUCACAUGUAGAACUCCCACUUUCUGGCCAGAGAAGUGCUGAGAUUUGAAUGAGUUGCGUAUAAUAUGUAAGAAGUCUUCAUUGUGUCAUCUGGACCAAGAACUGCCACAACCUCUCCUCCCAAAAUGAUAGUAAAUCUGCUCUCCUGGUACAGUACCUGAUGCAAAGUCCUCUCCUGCUGAAAGAAUCCUUUCAUUUGGGGAAAAAUAAAAAUGCAAGCCUGCCUGCCUGCCUGCCUUAAUCUUGGCCUUUUUUGAAGAUAUGUGGAAGGCAGACUAAAUAGAACAACCAAAAAGUAAGACAUGGACCUGUCUGUACCCCACAGCGUACGCCUGGUCUUGCAAGUGGGCUUGCAGGAUAUCUUUUCUUAACUCUUGUUGUUCAGUCUUGUCAACCUUCUUACUUGCAAUGACAAUUCUUACUGUAACUGUUCCAAGACUAAAAUAAAACUACAAGCAUUUCAAUUAAA